AUGGCCAGCCAAACCAUCUACAUCGUCUACAGCAACAGCACCUCCCUCUGGGGUCAACUAGCAUACGGCAUCCGUCGUAUGAGCGCCUCAACCGCCGGCACCCCCUGUGCCGCGCUGGAGCUCACGCACGGCGGGCUCAACUCCAACGAACGGCCUGAAUGGCUGGACUCCAAAAAGAAGGUUCCCAUUGACUUGAAGCAGCAGCACUACGAUGAGAUUCCAGAUGACUUGAAGAACUUCAUCGAAAGCAACAGAUACGAAUAUCCCUGUGUAGUGGGCAAGACCACAGACGGGCGCUUCCACAUGCUCUUCGCCAACAGUGAAGUUACCGACUAUGCGCAGUCCCCGAGCAAGUUUGUCAAGACGCUGCAAACGCGAGCGACGCAGACGGGCAUGACGUGGAAAUGA